AGGAAACAGAAAUCAAGGCUGCUGAAAGAAAGACAUCUUCAGGACCUGGGAACCAAGACUCAGAUGUAGAAACUUCCUGUGACUGAUUUAAGUCAGAAGUUGGGUUAAUAACAGCUCAGAAAAGAGACUUCCACCCUUUCUUCUGACUAUCUCCAUAUCAGAAAUGGAAACCAAUGGCAACAUUAGUAAUGGAAGCAGCAGGAACUGCCUGAGUGACGAAUUCAAGAAGAAUUUUUAUCCCAUUGUGUACUUAAUAAUAUUUGUCUGGGGACUCCUGGGUAAUGGCUUUUCUAUAUAUGUUUUCCUGCAGCCUUAUAAGAAGUCCACAUCUGUGAAUGUUUUUAUGCUAAACCUGGCCAUUUCAGAUCUUCUAUUUAUAAGUACAUUGCCAUUCAGGAUUGACUAUUACCUCAGAGGCUCCAAUUGGCUAUUUGGGGACAUAACCUGCAGAAUUGUAUCAUACUCCUUGUAUGUCAACAUGUACAGCAGCAUUUAUUUCCUGACUGUGUUGAGUGUUGUGCGCUUCCUGGCAACUGUUCACCCCUUCCGGCUCCUCCAUAUCACCAGCAUCAGGAGUGCCUGGAUUCUCUGUGGGUUCAUAUGGUUCCUCAUGAUGGCUGCUUCAGCAGUGCUUCUGAGUGAUGGCUCUAGGGAUGUAGGCAGUACCACAGCAUGCUUAGAUCUGAACCCCGGUAACUUUAUUAAAAUAAGAAUAAUGAAUUACAUCGCCCUGGUGGUAGGCUUCCUGUUGCCACUUUGCACACUUAGUGCCUGCUACCUGCUAAUCAUCCGAGCCUUGUUAAAGGUGGAGGUCCCAGGGCUGCGCGUUUCUCACAGGAAGGCGUUGAUCACUAUCAUUAUUACCUUAAUCAUCUUCCUUCUGUGCUUCCUGCCUUAUCACAUCCUGCGAACCCUCCACCUGCGUGUAUGGAACGAGAACUCAUGUACGGACAAGUUGCAUAAAUCUGUGGUCAUCACACUGACCUUUGCAGCAGCCAACACCUGCUUCAAUCCUUUGCUCUAUUACUUUGCUGGAGAGAAUUUUAAGGAUAGAUUAAGGUCUGCAUUCAGAAAAUGUCAUCUACAGAAAACAAAGUACAAUUUUCCUAUCUGUAUAUGGUCAAACAAGGAAACACCAGUGUAAGAUUUUAUUAAGUGAGGCCUGUUCUUAUAUUCUUGUGUCCACCUUCAUUCACACAUCAUGUCCAAAGGAGGCCUGUGUGCACCAUUCCCAACAAAGCAACAUUUGUUAGUCAUCAUUUUGUUAAUAGGACCAUCCUUAAGAUUUUCAUCUUGUGUAUUUUCGAUUGUUGAGUCUAAAUGAAGAAUAAAAAAGGAAAAAUCUCUACUAGAUUAUUUAACCUGAAAUGUCAGACUGAGAAAAAAUAUUGAACACUGUGAAUGCUGUUUUUCAUCAGAUUCUAACAAUAUUUCUGGCCUAUCAGGCAUUCUGAAGUCCUAGCUUUAAGAUAACCUUAACUUCCCUCAGCUUCUCCAGUUCCUCCUCCCUUUUCAAUCCCCUUAGAUAUAGCCAAUUAACAAAACUACUAGAGUCCCAACAGCAUAUAAGAAAAGCACCUUAAGAUAUGGGGAGAAAGUCUUUGUGAAAGGGAAUGCUGCUUUCUAACAAAGCAGGACCAAGGUCUCAAAUAAGAACAGUGAAAGAAAAAGAGGGCCAAGAUUGGAGGAAGAAAGAACUAGUAAGUAGAUGGAGGAAGCAAGGAAUUCAUUUUGCAUUGAGGGAGGGCUUGAGCACACUGCAGGCAAGAAGGUUCCCUUUGUCUCUCUCUUUCCAGGGGAUUAGGAAGGACAGAUGAUCUCCCUGGUGGAAAAUGACCAAUCAUGAAAAAUGGCCACCAGGUAUUGACAGGGGAUUACUCUAAUCUCUUACCUAUUCCUUAUCUGACAAUACAGCCCCCAAUACAGCUAAUCCCUUCUAUUCAAAGCAUUUAAGCAGCCAGUUAGUCUCAUUUUUAAUUGGGAUUAAUCAAUUACUACUACAUGUUGGGGGAGAGGCCUGAACAGUAAAAGUACCAAUGUGCCAAUGAAUAAAUAAAAGAUAGCAACAUUUUUAGUGUGAAACAUAUUAAGAUUUUUUAAAUCACUUUUGCACUUUUCUUGGAUAUACACUUGGAGAUCUUGGAAUAGAUAUUAAAUAUGCUGAAAAAUAAAUGAAAAGAGUGUCAUUACUAGAUAUUAGGAACAGAGAAACUGUUGUAUAAGAGAUAACUAUAA